CCUCCCGGCCUUGGCUUGGCUGCGAUAGGUUCUCCUGGGUCUGGGCUCACGGCUCCUCUGUGGGCCUUGUGUUCCCCACUUCGUAGACCCGCAGGCUUCUGGAGACCGUGGGUUGAAGACCUAGUCAAGAAGGAAGAAGAUGCGGUGCCAGAUGGCUCAGGAAUAACGGAUGCAUCAGGAGAGCUUUUGCAAUACAGACAGCCAGUCAGGUCCCUCUGAAACAGGGCAGAAGUCUCAUGGAUUGGAUUCGACUGACCAAAAGUGGAAAGGACCUAACAGGACUAAAAGGCAGGUUAAUUGAAGUAACUGAAGAAGAACUUAAAAAACACAACAAAAAAGAUGAUUGUUGGAUAUGCAUAAGAGGGUUUGUUUAUAAUGUCAGCCCAUAUAUGGAGUAUCAUCCUGGUGGAGAAGAGGAACUAAUGAGAGCAGCAGGAUCAGAUGGUACUGACCUUUUUGAUCAGGUUCAUCGUUGGGUCAACUAUGAAUCCAUGCUGAAAGAAUGCCUGGUUGGCAGGAUGGCCAUUAAACCUGCUCUCCCUAAAGACUACCGUGAGGAAAAGAAAGUCUUAAAUGGCAUGCUUCCCAAGAGCCAAGUGACAGAUACGCUUGCCAGAGAAGGUCCUAGUUCUCCAAGCUAUGACUGGUUCCAAACAGACUCUUUAGUCACCAUUGUCGUAUAUACUAAACAGAAGGAUAUCAAUUUAGGCUCGAUCACAGUUGAUCAUCAGGGUGAUUCCUUUAGAGUGGAAACAAUUAUCAAGGAUUAUUCAUAUCUUAUACAUAUUGGCUUAAGCCAUGAGAUUCAGGAAGAUUUUUCGGUGCAGGUUGUUGAGAAUGUGGGAAAAAUAGAGAUUGUCCUGAAGAAAAAAGAGAGUACUACUUGGAAAUCCCUCGGUUGUCCUCUGGAGAAUCAUAAUUCACUUCUUCCAAAGAAAGAUACAGAUUUGUACUACAGAAAGUGCCAGUUAAUUUCCAAAGAAGACGUGACUCAUGAUACGAAGCUUUUCUCUGUGAUGCUGCCACCAAGCACUCAUCUUCAGGUGCCAGUUGGGCAACAUGUUUACCUCAAGCUAACUAUUGCAGGUACUGAAAUUGUGAAGCCAUAUACACCUGUAUCUGAUUCCUUAGUCCCAGAGUUCAAGGAACCAGUUCUUCCCAAUAGUAAAUACAUCUACUUUUUGAUAAAAAUCUACCCUGCUGGACUCUUCACACCAGAGCUUGACCUUCUUCAGAUUGGAGAUUAUGUUUCUGUAAGCAAUCCCGAGGGCAGUUUUAAAAUAUCCCAGGUCCAAGAAAUGGAAGAUCUCUUUCUAUUGGCAGCUGGAACAGGCUUCACACCAAUGGUUAAAGUACUGCAUUAUGCUUUGACUGAUAUACCCAGUCUCAGGAAAGUGAAGCUGAUGUUCUUCAAUAAAACAGAGGAUGAUAUAAUUUGGAGAAGCCAAUUGGAGAAAUUAGCAUUAAAGGAUAAAAGAUUUGAUGUUGAAUUUGUUCUCUCAGCACCUCCUUCUGAAUGGAGUGGCAAACAGGGAUACAUUUCACCAGCUCUGCUUUCUGAAUUCUUGAAAAAAAGUUUAGAGAAAUCCAAAGUCCUCAUCUGCAUUUGUGGACCAACGCCAUUUACCGAACAAGGAAUGAAGUUGCUGCAUGAUCUGAACUUUUCCAAAGAUGAGAUCCAUAGUUUCACAGCAUAAUGAAGAGCUGUCAUUCAGCUGUUUUAUCUAAAUUUGUGGUUACUUAGGGUUUUUUAAGAGAACAUUUUUGUACAUACUAAAAGGCUGACCAGAAUCCAGGUUUCAGUUUCUUAAACGAAAUCAGAUGUUUCUUCACUAUAGAUACCUGGUUGACUUUAUUUUGUACCAUAAGUUAUUUUCCUACUGAUAUUUGUCCUGGAAAGUCAGUCAUGGCAACAAGUACCUAGAGGAUUCUUUGUUAUGAAUCACAAAGUUCCUUACCAUUUAAACUGUACCACUGUUAUAUCAUAAGCUCUCGUGUUUUAUGACAUGAUAAAGCAAAUGAUCAUUUUGAUCAUGUUUUUAUGCUGUGAAGUGUCUGAUGAGCAAUACAGAUUAAAUUUUACAUUGCACUGUUAACUCAGGAAAUGAUCAUUUAUGUCCUUGUUCUUUCUUACUAUGAAAACAUGGAAUGUUGUAACUUAUUAAGUGAUCCAAACAUUUUGUGUGUCCAUGGCCUUGUUACAGAGUAGAAUAAAAAUGUACUUAAGGACUUUUUAA